AUCUGGUUUUUCUUCUCCCAAACCCCAUUUCUGACUCAAUCACUUUCACUCACUCUGCAGUCCUCAUUAAUACUUUCCUAAAUCCUCAACAACUCAUCUUGCUUUUCUUUUAUUUCCUUGUUUUUUUUUUUAAGAAGCUAACACCAUAAUGGUGAAAAAAAUGAAGUUUCUUUCUCUUUUCAAAAACAAAGAUGGUAAAUCCUCUUCUUCAUGGUCUUGGCCAUCUUGUAACCAACCAAAAACACUUUCUUUUAGAGCCAACAUAAACGACACCUUAUUCAAAUCCAUCAACCCAACUUUUGUAGGUUCCACCAACAAAGAUAUCCUAGAAACUUCUGACUCCAUAUUAACUGAAUUUUCUUAUGAGUAUUUCAGAGGUAAUAGUGGCAAUUCGAUCGAGACAAUGAUUUGCGGUUUGUGUUUGGAUAGACUUUUCUUCGAUCCAAACGAAACAAGCUCGAUAUUAAAGACCAAAGAAAUAAUUAAUAUUUCAUCCAAUGAAAUAAUUAGCAGCAAUAAUAACAACUUAUUAUUACCAUUCAAGAACACCCUUGAGGUUUCAAUGGAUUCGCGAAAUCCUUGCGAAGAUUUCAAAGAAUCUAUUGUGGAAAUGGUGGAGGCUUAUGGUAUUAACGAUUGGGAAACCCUAGAAAAGCUUUUGAGUUGGUAUUUUGAAGUUAAUGAGAAAAGAAAUCAUGGAUUUAUUAUUGAUGCUUUUUUUGAUUUAUUUGUUAGAUUUGAUCAUGGUUCACCAAAUUGUUCUCCUUUAUCUAUUCAUAGUUGUUCUUCUCUUGAUUCAUUGUGGAGCACACCUUGUAUUUCAUCUUAUAGUUCACCUUUUUAAGUUAAGGACUAAAAGGAGGAGAUUUGGAUUGAAGACUAUAUUUUGUUGAAAAAACUCUCCAAAUCAUUUUGAGUAGUGAAUUGUAUAUGUAAUAAAAUAGAAGUAGUGCAAA